AUGUGCUUCUACGUUGGCGUCUACUGCCGGUGCUGCGCAGACGUCUGGUUCAAACUCCACCUGUUCUGCCACGACCUCUACGACCAGCUCCAGAGAAUCAACGACCCCCUGGAGCGGGAGCAGCACGACCUCCCUUUCGACCCGAACAUCCCGGACUGCCAGCCUUACUACGAGAUCGACGUGAGUGAGGGCUCGGAUGACUUUUCGGGUGAAGGGACCGGCCGCACCAACAUCGUCGGUUGGGAGGAUGAUGUGGAGGUCUGUGCCGAUUGUCAGAACGAUCAAUACUGGCAUUGGUACUGGACGAUGGUGCUGGAGGGGGGUUUCAAGGGCGAGGAGGAAUCUGAGGUCAUGGGACCUGAGGACGAGCGGUCUCAGAACGAAGGUUCUGAGGAUGAACGGGUUGUGGUCAAGCACGAGAACGUCAAUCAGGAAUGA